AAUAUUUCCAAUUUUGAUAGAUUUUAUGUUUAUCCAGUGACUGCUGACUUCAAGCAAGGUACGAAUCGUAAUCUUACUCAAUUUUUUCUUGCUUCGCGCCCCAGAGUAGAAACUUAAAAAUUAUGUCAGAUGGAGACUAUCAGAUGUUGAAAACGCCCAAAUUUUCCAUUAAGUCACCACGCCACCGUCAAGAGAAACGCAUCCAGCAGGAGCUAAUACGGGCAAAUGAAAGAAAAAGUCGGCCUCGAAAGAAAGUAAUUGAACGUUGUCUGUCAGAGGGUUUACAAAAACAUAAAUCCCAAUCAUUGAAUGAAGCCUACAAGUAUAUUCCCCAGUGUGAUCAGCUGACACAGACUGCCGUUAAUCUUUUUGUAACAAGUGAAUUGAAAAAGACUCCAUUGCAAAACCCGGAAGCUAGCUCACAAUAUAAUCAAAUUAUUGAAGGAAUAGUUCAAAAUUUUUUUAACCAGCCGCGAUCUACGCAAGAGCAGUACAUUAAAACAGCAGCGUUGACUCAUGAUAAAGGCACCAUCAUAUGUUCGGACCCUUUCUUAAUUUUUUUGGACCUACAUAGAAAGCAGUCGCAGCCUGUACGACGUUCUGAACGUCUGCUUGAAAGAAGUGGUUCUGACAUCGGUGUAUUUACAUGCAAUGUCGAACGGGCCGAAAGAGGCGAGGAACUGGAUCCAACGCGAUUUCGCGUUGAACAUAAUGAAACUGACAGAAUCUUGGCGGAGGCAAAAUUUCUGUGGCGCCAAAUGAGCCCUAGGAAGAAGCUCCCGUUUUUCGUGGAAGCCUUCUUUGCGAUCAAUGUUCCUGAAUUUCUGGAUCAAGCGUUGUAAUUUUUUGAUAAUUAUUAAAACAAUUUGAUGACUAUAAGGAGAAUCAUGCCUCAGAUUAAAUUAGGUGGUGAUAAUAUAAUGUACGUAUGUUAUUUUAGUAUGAAAAGAACAACAAUCAGCAGUUCUAACAUGAACCUGUAAUUGUCUAAUCUCUAUCGACUAAGCGAAAUGAUGCUCGAAA